CGCGCUCGGCCCGCGCCAGUGUCCGCCAGACUGCCGAGCGCGUCGGGCCUCCCGCUUCCCCGCGCCUCGCUCGGCUCGUCGCGUCCCGUGAUCGAACAACAAAACCUUAACAACCGCCGCGAGUGCAGUAUGACACUAGUGAGCUAGCGGGCCGCUGUGACGGUGUCUCAUGUGUAUGUGUUCACGUGCUAGUGUGUUGUGUUAGGUUGGGCCCGUGACGAAAAACGUUCGUGGUGGCCAGCGGAGCCUUGCACCCAGGCUCGGGCCGAGCUUUCAUGGCUCAGCCUAGGUACGACGAAAGCCUCCACGGCGGAGGCUAUAUGGAGGGAGGCGCGAUGUACCACGAACACAGACUGACGCACCCCCACCUCCCUCCAGUCCACUACCCCCCGCCGGCGGCGCCUGCGCACGCGCUGCCCGGGGAGCCUCUCGUACACAAGCGGGACAAAGACGCAAUAUACGGGCAUCCCUUGUUCCCACUCCUGGCGCUGAUCUUUGAGAAGUGCGAACUGGCCACGUGCACGCCCCGGGACCCGGGGGUCGCGGGGGGAGACGUCUGCUCGUCAGAGUCCUUCAACGAGGACAUUGCGGUCUUCAGUAAACAGAUACGUCAAGAAAAACCUUAUUAUAUAGCAGACCCUGAGGUCGACUCUUUAAUGGUGCAAGCAAUACAAGUCUUACGGUUUCACCUAUUAGAAUUAGAAAAAGUGCACGAGCUGUGCGACAACUUCUGCCACCGUUACAUCAGCUGCCUGAAGGGCAAGAUGCCCAUAGACCUGGUGAUUGACGAGCGGGAGUCGGCGCGGCCGCCGGACGCCAACGGCGAGCCCCGCUCCGCCCCCGACAGCAGCCAUGACGGCGCCUCCACCCCCGACGUCCGGCCGCCUUCCUCAUCAUUAUCGUACGGUGGCGCGGUGAACGACGAUGUUCGCUCACCAGGCUCUGGUGGCACUCCUGGACCCCUCAGUCAGCCUCCACCGCAGACCCUCGACGCGACAGACCCAGAUGCGAUGGGCAAAUGGUGCCCGUCGCGGCGCGAGUGGUCGUCGCCGCCGGACGUAGCGCGGCGGGUGUACUCCUCAGUGUUCCUGGGCAGCCCCGGUGAGUACCCAGGCGAUGCCAGCAACGCGAGUAUCGGUUCCGGGGAGGGAACGGGGGAGGAGGACGACGACACGAACGGCAAGAAGAACCAAAAGAAGAGAGGGAUCUUCCCUAAGGUCGCGACGAAUAUCCUGCGGGCGUGGCUGUUUCAGCACUUAACGCAUCCGUACCCGUCAGAAGACCAGAAAAAACAAUUAGCACAGGACACAGGGUUAACGAUACUACAAGUAAAUAAUUGGUUUAUCAACGCGAGACGUAGGAUAGUGCAACCGAUGAUAGACCAGUCAAAUAGAGCAGUGUUCUACCCCGCAGUGUUCCCUCACGCGGGCCCCAGCGGCGCGUACAGUCCGGAGGCUACCAUGGGCUACAUGAUGGAUGGUCAGCAGAUGAUGCACAGGCCCCCGACGGACCCCGCGUUCCACCAGGGGUACGCGCAUUAUCCAGCGGAGUACUAUGGCCACCAUCUCUAAUGCAGUCUGCACGUUAAUGUACAUAUAUGAAUAACAGAAAGAGCGUAGGGCAGCUACGGCGCAGGGAGCCGUGGACGCGAAGCGACACGACGCGACAAAUGUCAGGCGACGCGACGCAACACUUGUCGUGCGACGCGACGCGACAACAGGAGAACGAUGCUACACUGUACAUAAAGCGAUACCUUUUGUAAUAUUUGAAACAGUAUACGAUCUCCUAACGUAAGGUUAAAGUCAACUUUAAUGUUUAAUUAACUGUAAAUGUAAAUUUACGACACUUUGGACGUUGCGUACCUUAUAAAUAAUACGGUUUUAUCACUCAACAAUAGGCGCAUGAUCAAUGUAACAAUAACAUGGUUUGAUAGUUAUCUUAUAUUUAUAGCUAAAUGUGUAUUGUUAUUACGUAAAUAUAAAUAAAUAAUUGAUUAGUCGUAAGAUGUAUCUAUCAUGGAAGUAUCGUGGGUCGCUGGACGGUACUAGAAUUGGGGAUUGUAAAGUAUUAAGUUAUUUUUGGUAUGGUUAUUCUUACGAAGUCGCGGCGAAGGAUGCGCGGGCGCAGGUGUGUCGCCAAAAUAUGUUGCCUGAAAAUGAUUAUGACAGAUCUUCUGUAUUGUCAAAUCUUAUUUCAUAAAUAGGCGAAUAAUAUUUUUUAAACUGUUGAGAAACGGUUCAGCAUAGUUAUCAUAUCACAAAUCCACUUUUACGAACUAGGUUAAGUAAUUUAUUUAUUAUUCCCUAUUCAUUUUUCUACUAUCGUGCAUUCUAUGCAUAUUUUCCCGAUGCCUUAGCAACUUAAGCAAUAAAUGCCUUACUUAUUUCACUAGCCGUAAUCAUAUUAUUAUUAUUAAAAGUCUGUCAUAAUUCAAAACGGUCUAAUUUCAAACUAAUUUAGUUCCAAUUUCAAAAAAUAACUGUCAAUUCGCCCGCGCUUGCGUCCGCCGUCGCCGCUGCUUGUAUCUUGCGACAUCACAUCGCACCACAAACCUAUUUUUUUGGUAGUUUGUGUUGCUUCUGUUACCUUUCUCACCAACAUAGCUCAAAUUGUACUUCUAUCGUCAAUUUUCUGUUCUUGUAUUGUGAUGGUAAUAAGUUUUAACAACAAUGGCGAAUAAUGAAGUUUGAUUAGAACUUUUGAAUUAUUUUGAAUAUCGUAACUAAUUUAAAGUCUGAUAGAAUGUCAAUUCUGCCGUUUCUUUUUUAAAUAAUAGCAGAGAUAAAGCCGUAUCUAAGUUAAUGCUUUCAAAUCAACAUGGCGACCCUGCCAGUUUUGUCCAACUUCUCUAUUCAACGUUGCACAUAACAUUUUAAUGUAAGUUUAUUGCGAUCUCGAUACAAAACGUUUCAUUGUCCUAAACACUAGUUUCAUAAUUUUGCGUUACAGGUGAAUAACAUAUCUCGAUAUAUAUAUUUAUUAAUUAAAAUAAUGAUAUUGUGAAUUAUAUUAUCGUUUCACCUUGCCUUGGUGUUCACUAAAGUAGCACAUUUGUAACCAAUGUAUACGACGACAAAAAAUGAUAUUUUACAUGUUGAAAAAGAGAUUUUUAGGUAUAUUUUGUCUCGUAUUUAUACCUGACAUUUGCCUUCCACGUUACCAGGAGACCAUGAAAUUUUAUUGUUCUUUCGCGCGUAGAGGCUUGCGGAUCGAACGAAACUUCGACUUGUUCAUUCAUUGAACAUUUUGACCAAUUAAUUGUGCGAAAUGAAAGCAAAACCGUAGAUAUUGUUUGAAAAUUGUGACAUAUAAACGGUGUAUAGUGAUUUUGUUCGAUUCGUCAGCCUCUGGCUCGCACUAGAUGUUAAAUAGUAACAAAAUUCGUGUGAUUUCCGUGACUGAUAUGUAUUGUGAGCUUCUCUUAGAUUACAAUUGUUUGUUUCACUGUUCCGUGGAGGAAAAAGAUACGAUUAGUAAAAUACAUUUUACGGUGAUAUAGAUGUUUUAAUGUACAAGUACAGUCUGCUCCUAUUUAGAUGGGAAAAACUGUCAAUAAACAACGAAUCGGUUUAUAAACUUUUCUGAGUAUUACAAUAUUUGUCAUUCUAUUUAUCACUGAUAUGAUACGACUCAAUUUUAUAAAGCACCAUUUUGUUUUUUCCGGUAGCAAAAGUUAAUAAUGCGGGGAGUAAAAAAUAUGUAAUAUAUUAUACUCCAGUGUUACUUGAUAUUAAAUUAUUUAUUUUUACAUAUUAUGGUAUUUACGAGACAUAGCACGAACAAAUUUUGGUAGUUCUCAGAUCUUUUCCAUCCAUUAAUCAAUCAUUUAUAAAAUUGACAUUACCACAUUAAAGUCGGAUAGCAAAACUAGUCUUUGUUAAAAUUUUAAAAUUUGUAAUUACUCCGAGAACCACCCUUUCAAUUUGCAAUCGCGUGGUCGCAGCCAGACAAGUCGUUGUUAAUAUAGUCACGUGUUCAAAGCGUAAAAUUUAAAACGAUACUAAUUUAUUGUUGUCAAAUUUUCCUACUCGUUUCGGAACAGACUGUACCAAUCAGUGAACCACGGGACAUCGUAUCAAUGUAUCUAAUCCUGAAAAUACUAUAAGUAAUGCUUUGCAUUACAGCCUUAUGCCAUGUAUACGAACGGGAGCUAUAAAAAAACCUGGUUACGGUAAAAUUCGGAAUUAUCCGGAAACUAGCUUUAUACUAGGGUAAACCACCAUUGUAUUUAAAAUCACGCGCGACAUACUUUUUGAGAGGCGACGCGCUACGGAUGUAAUCUGAACUAAAUUCUUUAGGUUAUGGGCCCAGAGACCAAAUGUUUAUUUAGAGACUGGCCUGUGUCACCACUUUCUGAAUUUUUAUACUGUAAUCUGAAAGAUAAACUAACCACUAGAUAAAUCUGCCUGAUAUGAUGGGCCAGUUAGCCCUAAAACUUGUGAAACACAAUUUAACGGUAUCUGGUCGAUAUGUUACAGCCUGUGCUAUCAGAUACUUUAUCAGCUAGCAGUGAUAUAGGCCCUAAAUUAAUUAGUUACACGAUUAUUUAACUUUUUUUUUAAACAGUGCAUAAUUUUAUACAAAGAUGGCGCCACUGCGCUCGCCUUUCGAAAACAUCGUGUCAAUUUUAGUGUCAUUAGAAGAUUUGUUAUCUUUUGUAAAUAUUCUUAUUGUCAAAUUAAUAGCGCCAUUUUACUUUGUAUAAACCGUUUCGUUUGCUGCUAGGUCUCAAUGUACGGCCUACGUCACAGUGGCGCCCUCUAUAUGAAAGUAGACAUGAAAAUGUAAGCUAUUUUAGAUAAAGUGUUUUCGUUUAUCACCAAUUUUGUUUAUGAGGGCGCCACAUGCGCGUACGCCAUUUUAGAUUGGAUUUCGGACCUUUUCUUUCUCAAAACCAUGCCUUUGUUGAUAUUUCACAUUAAUUAUUGUUAUUGGCAAUGUGUGUAAUAUAUUUUUAUUAUGAGAAAAAUCUUAAAUAGUAGUUAUUAGGUAUUAAUGUAUUAAUUGAAGAAUUUUAUUUUGAUUUUUCUCUUUAUUAUAUAUGUAUAUGUACAUUAUAUAUAAUGAUUUGAAAGUCAUCAAGUUAUUGUAAAUAUAGUGUACUAAAAAGGACAUUUUGCGUCUGUCAGCGGAAUAUUUCAAUUAUUGAAAGUAUGGAGAUGAAAAAGUUAAUUAUAUAUUUGUAUUGUAUAAUUUCGGCGAGGUACAUAUUAUUAUAAAUAUAAAGUAUACACUGAUAGUGACAGAGGUGCAGCUAGGCUUCGGUGAUAUGGGCAACGCUCUUUUUGGGGGCCGCAAAAGAUUCAUUUUUAAAUCUGAAACGAUUAUGCAAUUCCAAAUUCAAAUCUAUGCACUUCUUUUUACACCAAGACCAAUGAAAUUCAAAUAAAACGGCUAUUAUGGCCAAUAUUGCUCGAAUAAAAUGUAAAAAAUGUGAUUUUCGCCCAGGGCCCGUUGGUUCUAGCUACGCCACUGAUAGUGAACGGUUUAUAUAACACUAGCAAACGCUGACGGAACGACGAGAGACCCGGACGGAACUGUGUCGGCAUUAUGAAUGCUACGAUUGUGUAAAAAAUAUUAAAAC